AUGACCAUCGGGAGGCCUCCGGGAGCCCCGGGCGGCGCUCAGUGGAGCCGUCAGGUAUUUCCCCCCAAGUCCUCCUCAGACUCGGAUACAGAAGAGGAGUUGUCUGGGGAUGGGCUGGUUUUGCCCAGGGCUGGCAAACUGGAUGACUUCCUUGGCCCAGAGGACUUGACGCUUUCUGAAUCUUCUGACUCAACUGGGAGCUUUUACGAGACCCUGGAGGUAGUAAAGCAGAAAGGCAGGUGGUGCCUGUUGGAAUCCCUUUAUCAGUCUGACCCAGACAGUGGUGAGAACUUCUCCGAAGAUGAUGAGGACCUGGAGAGUUUCUUCCAAGACGAAGGCAGGGGGAAGCCACAGGUCCAGUACCCCGUGUCUCCAAGGUGUGGCCCCACAAGGCGCUGCAGCUCGCUGAGCAGCCUUCCGUCCGACGACCCCAAGGGUCAGCCCCCGCCACCCUCAGGCUCCAGGCCUCCUUCGCAGCACAGAAGCCGCAGCUCCUGGGCAUCAUCCAUCACCGUCCCUCGGCCGUUCCACAUGACUCUGCGUGAGGCCCAGAAGAAGGCCCAGUGGCUGGCCUCCCCUGCCUCCUUCGAGCGGGAGAGGAAGCAGGCCCAGCGGCAGGGCCAGGAGGAGGCCGAGUGCCACCGGCAGUUCCGGGCGCAGCCCGUGCCCGCGCACGUCUACCUGCCCCUCUACCGGGAGAUCACGGAGCGCGGCGAGGCCCGCAGGCAGGCAGGGAUCCAGAAGAGGAAGGAACUGCUCCUCUCCUCCUUGAAGCCCUUCAGCUUCCUAGUGAAGGAGGAACAGAGAAAGGAAGCCGCUAAACAGAGGGAGUUAGCCGCCACAGCCAAGGCCAAGGUCCCCAAGCAGAAGGCCACCAGAAGGAUCCCCAAGUCCAUUCUGGAGCCAGCCCUUGGGGACAAACUCCAGGAAGCAGAACUCUUCAGGAAAAUUCGCAUCCAGAUGCGAGCCCUAGACAUGCUCCAGAAGGCCUCCUCCCCCGUCGCCUUCUCCGGAGGCCGGCCUGACCCACAGCCUCGCACAGCUACCCGAACCCAGAAGGAAAAGCUUGCGUUUCUGCACCCUGACUUUGGAUUCCAGCCUCGGGUGAAUCCUGCCGUCCCUGACUACGAAGGCCUUUACAAGGCCUUCCAGAGAAGAGCUGCCAAGAGAAGGGAGGCCAGGGAGGGGACCCGCAACAAGCCCUUCUUGCUGAGAACCAGCAGCCUGCGUGGCGCUCAGCGGCCCAGUGAUGCCGCCACGUCCGGAGGGAGGAGGGACUCUCCACAGCCACCAGCCACACCGCUGCCAAGGAGUCGUUCUCUGAGUGGCCUUGCUUCCCUCUCUGCCCACACCCUCCCUGUGCACAUCACGGACAUCACCAGGAAGAGGGAAUCUGCAGUCAGAAGUUCACUUGAAAAAAAGGACAAAGCAGAUGAGAGUACUCAGUGGUUGGAGAUGCACAAAAAGAAGUGUCAAGCGAUGUCUAAAUCCGUGACCUUGCGUGCGAAAGCCAUGGAUCCCCAUCAAAGCCUGGAGGAGGUGUUCAAAGCAAAGCUGAAAGAGAAUCGGAACAAAGACCGUAAAAGAGCAAAAGAGUAUAAGAAAGAAUUGGAAGAAAUGAAGAAGAGAAUACAGACAAGGCCGUAUCUCUUCGAACAAGUUACCAAGGACCUUGCCAGGAGAGCCGCAGAACAACGGUAUCGAGACACCCUGCAGCAGGCUGGGCUGGAUGAAGACUUUGUGAGGAACAAGGGUCAGGGCAGCCGGGCUGUGCGAUGGCGGGAGCAGUCAGUAGUCCGUGACUGUCCCAGGUACCAUGAAACUACAAAACUCAGCACCAGAAAUGCACAGCAGGAUUUAGAAGAAUCUCUACAGCAGCCUACAAGCCCCAAGAAAGAACUGGAAGAGCUGUCUUAUGAAUUGCUAGAUAAUUUCAAAUCACUUGCUUAA